GUAAUUAGGUUGGUAAAGGGUGUAAUUAGCAGUUUUCAAAGAGUUCUUUCGGUGUUGUGAUUUUUUAUUUUACUAAUUAUUAAAAUCUUCGGAACCCUAAGACCUCCUUAUCGGAACCCUAGAAUCCCAAACGUGAUCUUCAGCUUCUGAAGCGAUUGAAAUGGAAGUAUCAUGGUUGAGUGCAAUUUUGGUCGGCGCCGGUUAUCUCGCUUUCGGUUACUUCAUUGGUUCUCACUAUCCCCAUCGUUUCUUUUUCUCCAAUAGAUUUUCAUCUCUUAAAGACAAAGAUGCUUCACUUCUCAAUCACGACAAGAGCAGUAAGCAGAAGAAGAAUAGUAAGCCCAAAACCAAAGACUCACUUGAGGUUGAACAGCUCGCGGAAAUUCUCGAGGAUUUUAAGAUGAUACUCGUUGUAAGAAAUGAUCUUAAAAUGGGUAAAGGAAAGAUUGCAGCUCAAUGCAGUCAUGCAACAUUGGGACUCUACAAAAAGGUUCUUUAUCGAGCUCCAAAAGCUUUAAAUAGGUGGGAGAUGUCCGCACAGCCCAAGGUUGUUGUCAAAAUUGAAAGUGAGGAAGAUAUGUUGGCUUUGCAAGAAAGAGCUAAAUCUCUGAAGUUACCUACUCAUAUAACAAUUGAUGCUGGGCGAACACAGAUUGCACCAAAUUCCAGAACGGUGAUGGCAAUUCUCGGACCUGUUGAAGUGGUAGAUGAGGUAACUGGUGGACUGAAACUUCUUUAAUUGUCCAAUGAAGGCGGUUAGUUAUUCACCGUUAGGUGUUCAUGAAGGAUAAGACUUUAAACGAUAUGGAACUUUACCUCCUUAGAGCCCCGGGAAGAUUUGGCAUGUUCUUUACCCACUCAAAAUUUUGUAGUUUAUUUUCAGUUGACAGUAAUGAUGACGAUGAAAAACUUGUAGUUGGAAUCAUGAAACUAGUAGUAAAUACAGACGGUUGCAAUUCAUUGUUUUAUCUGAAAUGUUGUGUCCAAAUUUAUGUUAUUGUUCCAUGAUUUGUUUUUGGAAGAUGUGGCUAUUUUUAGGCCAUCAUAAACAAAUACUAGUCCGGUGAAAAAUAAUAAAAAUACUAUAGCCAUGAGUUUAAUCUCAUGAUGAAUAAGAUACAUUGUGUGUCAACAACUUUCACGGUAUCUCAUACUAUAAUAUGGAUUCACUUGUUGUAAAAACCACUUAAACUCACUACUUUUAGAAUCUUUAUUAUCUCAGUUGGGCCAUUUCUAUUAACAAAAAUUUGGAAU